AUGGACAGCGUAGUUACGACGUCGGAAGACGAAUAUACCGUAGAUGACAUUUCAUGGGAUGAAAUUGACAAGCUCAAGUAUUAUAUUGUCGGUCCUACUAUUUUUCUCGGUGUACGUGCUGCCGUGUACCCGAGUAAUUUGGUCAAGACGCGAUUACAAGUCCAAUCGAAGCACAAACCACUUUAUUCAGGCACAUUUAAUGCAUUUGCGACGAUAAUUCGACAAGAAGGAACUCGUGGACUAUACAAAGGAUUUGGAGCUAGUACAGCUAAUGUAAUUACAGGCAAUCUCUAUAUUUCUGUCUAUGAGAAAUCACGUAAAGUUUUUAAGGAUCAUACGACGACGGGCGAAAAAGGAGCUAACUUUGUUGGAGGAGCUAUUGCGUCCCUCGUCUCGCAGACAGUCGUGGUGCCGCUGGACAUCGUGUCGCAGCGCAUGAUGCUUAGUGGCCAGGGACAAGAUGUACGCAAGACACGGGAGUCUACCAAAGGUUUUUUCACGGUGGCCAAGCAGGUGUUCCAUACUGAAGGCAUCCGAGGGUUCUAUAGAGGAUACGUGCCGUCCAUCGCGACGUACGCGCCGUCUUCCUCGAUUUGGUGGGGAUCAUAUGGACUUCUUGUGCCUGUGUACUAUAAAUUGAUGAAGGAGUGGGCCACAGAUCCGUUUUGGAAACAAGUGUUGGCGCAGGGAAUGAGCGGUGCAAGUGCAGGCAUCAUCACAGGAAUUUUGACAAACCCUAUGGACAUUGUGAGAACAAAAGCACAGACCUAUACACAGUAUGGUGCUAGGGAUACUGUCAAGUAUAUUUUAAAGACCGACGGACCAAUGGGCCUCAUGACUGGUCUCUCUGCGCGAUUAUUGGCAAUGGGUCCGUCGGGCAUUCUCAUGGUCACGUCAUACGAGUUUAUCAAGCGCGUGUGCCGGAAACCGCAAGCGCCCGAUACAGCCGCAUAA